AUGUCCAACCAAGAUGCCAAGACACCCCGUGUAUACCUUGUGCGACAUGGAGAGACGGAAUGGGCCAAAUUAGGUAAAUUCACUGGCACCACGGACAUUGAACUCACUCCGGUGGGGAGGCAGCAGAUCCGCUCGGCGGCGACAAUGCUCGUAGGGGCUGGCAAAUUCCUCGACACGUGCCGCAUCUCCCACAUUUUUGUCAGCCCGAGGAGAAGGGCGAGACAAACUUUUGAGCUCCUGCUGCCCCCCCCCGUUGAGUUGGGCUGGAUGGUUGAGUUUACUGAGAGUAUUGCGGAGUGGGAUUAUGGGGAGUAUGAAGGGCGCACGGCUGGGGAGAUCAAAGAGUUGAGGAAGGAGAAGGGGCUGGACCAGGAGAGAGAGUGGAGUAUUUGGAGGGAUGGGUGUGAGGGUGGCGAGUCAAUGCAGCAAGUUACUGAGCGUCUGGACGAGCUUAUUUCGCGAAUUCGAGAGAUCCAGAGACCUUACAUGAAUGGGGAAAAGCCUGUUGAUGUCGUGCUUGUUUCGCACGGCCUCAUUCUCCGAUCUUUCGUAAAACGCUGGCUCAACUUCGCGGUCGACUCCCCCUUGUCCAUCAUGCUGGACCCGGGGGCGAUUGCGGUUCUGAGCUAUCAGCACAACAAUGUCGACGAACCGGCCUUUCAUGCUGGCAUGGCGCUCCCGCCUGCGAAGGGCUGGAACACUGCUUCGUCAAAUUGA